GUUGUCGAAGCUGGACGCUUUAGCGGAGCAACCCCAGCUAGAACAUAUAGAACUGUUACAUCCUUUGACUGGCAGGACAGAAGGCGGUCUAGAUUUAAAAAAAAAAUAGUGUGCGCGUGUUGGGGCCAGUUUUUAGACGGUGGAGCAACCAAAAAAAACAACGGCUUGGAGGCAUAGCAAGUGAGGAUGGGAAAACGAAAGCUUAGCAAGAAAAAAAAUCAAGAACAAUUAUUACCCUACUGUGCAUUUCACGCGGCCUGCUGCAGGAAGUCUUUUUGCCUUAAAAGCUGUCCACUAGCGGAUUCAUAUCAAGGAGCAAUCGAGAUACGCUUUACAUUGGAUUUGGCUUAUUUUACCGAUACAUUACCUACCCCCUUAAUCUAAGACUGAGAAACAGAGAUCUUCAAGCAAGAGCUACUUCUGCAUACGUCCUUUUUUGUAUGGAAACUACACAAUACAAGCAGAUAAUAAAAACAAGAGAUAUUCAGCAUCUAUUUUUACGAAUACGUUUGAACGAUACUCCUUCAUCGAGCAAUAUAAGCAUUAAUCGUACUACAUAGAAAUAAGAGCACCGCAAUCGUACUUAAACCGCUGCAAUCACUUUUCUCGAAGCAAGCUACAGGCUGUCAACUCAACCAAAUAUUAAGUUAUACACGCAUAGAUUAAGAGAUACUUCGAAACCCGCUUCCGCGCCUACAAAACAACACAAUCGGUCAAAAUGUUACCAAGCAACCAGCAUCAGCAUCCGUCGUCCCAGCACCAGCAGACCCAGUCGGAACAACAGCAACAUCUGCUCAACACGGUGGGCAUGAGUGGAUCGUACACGGCUACAUCGACCAGCUACAGCAUGAGCUAUCCGCUGGUGUCCGGUCAUCAUCUCAACGAAAACAACAACCUGGUGAUGCAUCCAUCCUACGGUAAACCAGCGGCCCAUGUUGCACAUCAGCUGCCACCGGCAUCGCUCAUCACCCUGCAACCGGUUCCGCUGGAUGCCCAUCACUCAUCCCUGCAUCAUGUGUCCGGUCUUGGUCAGCAGCCUUCACACACGGUUACAUCACUGCCACCGCCCUCGUUGUCACAGCAAACGAUGGCCAGCAUGUCGCACUCAUCCCAGCAACCUUCCAGCUCCCAGUGUCCUUCCGGGAUGAUGAGCCACCAGUCCUCGAUGAACGAUCCAAACGGCAGUGGUAUGUAUCAGGGUCACCGGUUGGACACGUAAGUGCAAGCGAACUCACUCUCGUUACAGCUUAGUCACGAAACUCUAGCGCUUGGGAUCAUCUCCGAACUGUCUUCAGUUCCGCCUGGGAGAAACGAAUCACACGCGGGUUGGAGCUAGAACUGAUGUGGUAGGGCGAAAAAAAGUUCAGCACUGACAGAUUCUUGCUUCGAUAAAGAAUGAAAUGGACCACCACCAAAAUUGUAUAUAGCGUAGUUUAAAAGGUCCAAUUUCAGGCGACUGACACCCGCAGAAUCUUUACUCUGAAAAAGAAUCUUUCAGCAGCUGCCUCGGGUUACGCUACGUAAGCUACGGAUGUUAGUCGAAUAUCAUGUUACCUCUCCCGCCUUAUCCGUUCAGCUCUGUACCGACGACGAUCGUGAUCUUUUGUUCGAAGAUCAGGUAGUGGUUCGGCUCCCAGGUGGAUUCAAUCGUAGAAGGCGGCAGCAGUAAUUAGCAGUGACAGUUGGUUGGCCGCAUCGCCGAAUCUGCCAGCAGCAGCAACAACACGAGUCUCUAACACAAACAUUAACCGACUAACUUGGCAUGUCUGCCUGCAUGUACAGCACACGAACAUUGUACCGACUGACCAACUAAACCGACUUUGUUGACUCCCCCGACUGGCAGUAAUCCCCACAGGUACGAGAGAGAGGCUAUCGACUCGUUGUAGAGGGUUCGCACGACCGCCGCCGCCCCGGUAUAUGGCAAAAGGUCAAUUGCGAGCAUAGUUAAACGAAGCUUUCUAGAAACAAGCUGCUGGCCCUUCAGGGCUACAUCCAGCUUUAAUUAGACGCGUAAUAGCUUCAUAUAUUGAUCCUUUUUCGGUCGCUGCAGAGAACCAAACAGCGAAGAAGGAACGAAGUAAAUUCAUGGAAACCGAUUUGACUUCUGCGAAAUGGUUUCGCUCGAAAGUGGGGAGUUUUAGUAUAGCACUGGAACCGGCCCGAAAAAUCCCUGCGGCAAGAUUGAAAAUUGAGCUUCUUGCCGCCGAGUGAGUUGAAGGCAGUUAUGCUCGAAAGAGAGUGGAUCUAAUGUAUUCCAUGCGGCGUAGAAACUGGCCAAUUAUUACCAUAAAGCCGUGCGCAGCUGCAGUCUUCGCUGCGGCAUUUGCACCAACUAACAAGCUUUCUGUCGAUCUUGGCGUUUUUUUUGCUUCCACUAUCAGCACGCCUUUCAUCGUACAGCGGGGAAUUGGUAAAUGUGAUCAUAUUUGCCAAAGAUCAGCUAUGUAUAAGCACUUCCACUUUUUUUUUUCUUAGUCACACAAACCGCUCCGCACACUAUUACGAUAAACAAAACAAAGCCUGCUGAGUCAGCUGUCAUUUGCGCUCGGCUGAGUGGUGCUUCGGCUAUCUUCUUUGGGAACGCCGUGAGUGCUGAGUGCUAUCCAGUAAAGGAAGCGCGCACACCCACACGCAUAGGGUUCGGUUUGUGAUUUAGUCGGGUCUUCUUCAUUUUACCGCAGCUGCAAAUAGAGGGGAGACCCGCUAAUUAGUCAAUUUUGUUCACCGUUAGUGCCGCGAGCGAAGGCUGUCCAUAAUAAAAACGAUACACUUCAUCAUAUUGAAUUGUGCCACAUCUUGUGACCGCUCGUCUCGCUCUUCGGUGCUUCGCGGACCCCAACCCCAGCCCGGACCUGAGAAGCCGAAGCAAAAGAAGGGAUGAUGGCAAUAGAAACAGAUCAGCAAGUUGUGCUGCUGAGCGAACGUAAAAUGGUUUAGCAGGAAGCGAAGAUGAAAAUAGAGACUGGGCCGGUGCUAGGGUGGAUCGUGCGCGGGUGAACCACGGGGGAAUAAAAUAAACAAAUGGUAUAGAAAGCACCAACUCCAGGCCCGGGAUCGCGCGGGACUUGAGACGUGAGUCUUCUUAGCCGUACGCUCGGUGUUAUGAUCGUAAAAAUUCCAGCUAACGGAAUCCUAUUUCCACUCCUCCAAGAGGAUUGCCAGCUUGGCUUUAUAGUGAUUUCGAAAAGUUCUUCCUGGAUCUGGGCAAUAAUAACCAUCUGAAGUGGAGCACGGUCAUGACGGGGCUGAAAUUAUCGCAGGCUUUUGUUGUUUAUAGAUUGGAUACUGACUGGCUGACUGGCUGGAGUCAGCAGAAAAAAACGGAACCUUCUGCUAGCCUGUGCAGUUUUGCGGUGGCGAUGACGGGAUUAAAAGCAUUUCACUACACAAUAACACCUUGAUGAUUCAUCACGAUUCCCUGCGGAUUGUAGUUCUCGGUGGUAAUAAUCUGCUGCAAGUGUAGAGUUGCUAUUUUUUCGCAACAAAGUUGCAAAGAGCGUUGCUCGAGGCUAAAGGUUCAAAGAUGCGAUGAACAAGAGCCUUAUCCUGUAAAUUAUACGUAGUUUCAAGCGCAACUACAAAAGAAAUUAGCUUACAGUUCCACGAGUUAAAUACCUCGCUGCGUUGCUUUGAAUCUGGAACAAAAAAGGCCCCAUUUUCCUUCUCGCAAUCCGCGACCGAAAGCGUUAAAUGUUGCGGUAAUUGAAGCGCACCGGCGCCAACGGCACAGUGGCCACCGCCCGGCAUAUCACAAGAGUAGAACUAAUUUGCAUAACCUCCGCAUCCAGAAACUUGUAUAGUGUAGCACACACAAACUGGCUGUAGCCAAUAGCUCAGGCGGCAGGGCUGAUCUGUGAUGCUUCAAAGAGAUCACCGACCAACCGAUCAUCAGUCAGUGUUUUGUGAACCGCAGACCAUUUAAACGAGUUCCGUACACGUUUGUGGCUCAUCUCGCGGCUUUCUUCUAUAGGUCGAUGAGCCGACAUUUUGGGUGGUCAUCGAAGAGUUUGUUUCUUUGAUGCGCGCAUGAGAACCACACGCUAAUCCAAAAUACCUAAAUAAACUAGCCCAAGUAAACGAAAUGGCGACUUCGCCGGUCGAAAUAUAUGCUGGAAAGCGGUAGGUUUUUGAAACUUUGUUCUAGGUUACCCGCCGUAACUAGCCGUUUACUGGAAAAAUAGUGUGGGAGUGCCAGUCCAUACACCACAUAUUUCAUAAGAUUUAUAAAAAAUACACGAAGUCAUGAAAUGUUUUUUUUUCUCGUUUACUCUGUGUUGAGCUCUCGAAAUAAAGUCAAAGUUUGGGUACUUUUUGCUCAAAACCAAAAUAUGUUCGAGGAUAUGCAAAGGGUUUUUACAUCGCCUGUACUUGAAAUUCCUGAGUGGUUUGAUACCUCGCUCCAGUAAUACAUUUACGGAAGGUCGACCACUCGCAGCAACUGCGAAGAAUUGUUUUCUUGUGCUGUAAACAAUACAGGAAGUUAGAUGAAAACAUCUACAAAUCUAAAAGAAACUUACCUUUUAGUUUUCGGAAUAUCUUCGUGUCGACUUUGUUUCUUCUUGGUUCAUUUUCCAAGUUGUAUGCCGUAAUGCACGAAAUAAGCACUUGUUAUUAUUCAUAUUUCACUCAUAAGCUCGGAAUCCCAACGGUUACUCACGAGUUACUCAUUUCAAAACUCAUUUUUUGACAGAUUGCUUCUGUUUAGGCUGGAUGUUGUUGGCUCGAAUCAAAAUUUGUCGAAUGUAAACAAAGUUCAUUCUAUAGCGUCAAACUGGCGCCCAGGUGGUGAACUUGACAGAGUUCAACGUGGAUUUGGAGCGUUGCCAGAAAAUUUUUAUUUCUCAGAUUAUGUUGAGGGAAACACCCGGUAACCAUCCGAUAACCUCCAGGAACCUCUGUUCAAGGUGUACCAGUACGAUGCGGCUUAGCCACAUAACCGAGGCCCAAGAACCGAAGCGGCGCAAAGCCGCCGACCUGCCGUCGGAGGCAAGCAAACAGUAGCGAAGUCGGACGGACAGCGAGAGAUUGCCCUUCUUUUGAUCAUUCUCAGGGUGGAUAGAUCGUUCCAACAUCAAAUUAUGGUCUUGGCAAUUAGGGUCUUGUUAAACUGCAAAUGAUUUGAAAACCCAAGAUGAUACCAGAUAAGGUAGCGAGAGUUUUGGUUUUACGAUUGGCAAAAUCGACAUUACUUAAAUGUCUUCCCAAAAAAGAGAUUACUAGAAACGAAAUUAAUUAAAACAUUAUAUUUUGAAUAUAUCGUCGAAAUGUCAAUUGACAAUAGGUUCAUUCUGUGUGUUCAGUUGUCUUUACAUUUUGCCAGCGUUGCCAAUUUUAUUUUGAUUGCACCACCCAAUAUGGGCUGGAUGUUGUUGGCUCGAAUCAAAACUUGUCGAAAGUAAACAAAGUUCAUUUCAUAUCGUCAACCUGGCGCCCAGGUGGUGAAAUUAAAAUAUAAAACAUUAUAUUUUGAAUAUAUCGUCGAAAUGUCAAUUGACAAUAGGUUAAUUCUGUGUGUUCAGUUGUCUUUACAUUUUGCCAGCGUUGCCAAUUUUAUUUUGAUUGCACCACCCAAUAUGGGCUGGAUGUUGUUGGCUCGAAUCAAAACUUGUCGAAAGUAAACAAAGUUCAUUUCAUAUCGUCAACCUGGCGCCCAGGUGGUGAAAUCAACGGGGCGCUGGAGCGUCGCCAAAAAAAUUUUAUUUCCAGAUUAAAUUUUACUAAACUUCCCAGUUUAACUCAGCCGGAAUGCUGGCUGGAUAUAAUUCGUAUUCCGGCUCCGGUGACACAACCGAUUCAAGUUAGAAUGUUUAAGGGGUACCAUUUCGAUGCGGCUUAGCCGCAUAACCGAGGCCCGGGCGAGGUGGCCACCGACCCGCCGUCGGAAGCAAGCGAACCUGUGAUCCACUCGUUUGCCCGGCUUACUCAAACAUAGGGGCUAUCCCUAGUUUAAGUCCGACUGAGCGGUAGCGAAGUCGGACAGCACGCGCAAAAGCGAUGUGGCGUAGCCACAUUGGGUGCUGGACACAAAAUAAAAUUGGCAACGCUAGCAAAAGGUAAACACAAAUGAACACUCCGGAUGAACCUAUCGUCAAUUGACAUUUCGACGAGUUUUGAUUCGAGCCAAUAAUAUGGGCCCCCCAAUAUGACUACACUACAUCGCUUCCAACGCGUGCGGACAGACUUCGUUACCGCUCAGUCGGACUUAAACCAGAGACAGGUUCGCUUGCUUCUGACAGCGGGUCGUUGAUCUUCUCACCCGGGCCGGGCUCGGUUAUGCGGCUACAAACCGCAACGUACUGGUACACCUUAAACAAAAGUUCCUGAAGGGUAUCGGAUGUUUACCGAAAGUUUCCUAAAAAUUCAAUCUGGGAAAAAAAAUUCGGGUAACGCUCCAGCAUUCUGUUGAACUCUAACGAUUUCACCACAUGGGCAAUCGCCACGUUGACGCUACAGAAUGAACUUUGUUUACAUUAGACGAGUUUUGAGUAAAUUUACUCGACUGUAGCAGGGAUGCCGGAUGAUAAGACAUAUCUUCAUUUUGAAGACAUUUGAAAUGAUGUGAAAACAUUUUUUACAUUUUGAAGACAUUUUUAUUCGGAAAUUUGGAAGGUUUCUGGCAGAAUUAUUGCUCGAAAUCAACAACCGAUUCCGAUAACUUGUCAUUCUAAACAAAUGCAGACAUUUUUAUUAAAUAAGAAAACAUUUGAAAAAUAUACCUGGUAUCUUUAUUUUUAACCAUGUAAAACAGGCGCACAGAAAUGGUGCCAUAGAUUUGGAAUUCAAUCGCAAUUAGUUCCCAUAGUUGCACCAUCAUUGCGCUAAACAUUUGUAUAUACGAGGUAAUGAGCGGUUCUUCGGAUUCCAUUCGGCACGUGCUACAACAGCAUAGGGGUUAACCGUUGUUGAAAGUUAAUUUUCUCAUUACUCUUUUGCGUCGAAGUUAACCCAUUAACGGCACAGAAGUUAAAGCAGAGGCGGGAGCAAUUUUCAAAUCAUUCCCUUGUUGAAGUUGCCAAUUGAAUGUAAGUUCAAUCCAAUAAAAUGUUUCACUUUUCCUUCUCUGGGGAAUUGUUAUUGUUGUAACAAAUUGACCAUCGCCUUCUUGAAUCAAACAGUAAAAUUCGUCAGUUCUUCCGCUAGAAAAGUAUGUACAUUCAUUGAACAGCUAGCCAGACUCCGGUGGCUUGAAACCUUGCCCAUCACAAACGAAGCAGCAAAGCGAAGCAUUUUUAUUCCUCUUCUUAGUUUUGCUUCCAAUAUUUUGAUUCGCCGGUCAUCCGCCUGUUGAAUUAAUUCAGGUAAAAAAACCCGAUCAACAAUUUCCAACUGCGUUUAGUUUUCUUUCUUGCUCGUUUAUCUCGCAGCAACGUCUGCGUGAACGAUCGCAUUUUUCCUGCAAACCCUCGAACGCGGAAAUUUAUGGUUCCUUCUAGCUGCCUGCCCUAGAAAUAUCUGACGAGGAUCCUCGUUCUUCUUUGAGAGUUACCGACGACGACCGCGAACAAAAUUCGUCCAUCCUUCUUCCAUCUCUCGAUCAAACGCAAGAGGCGCCCUCGAGCAGAAAUUUCGUGGGAACUGCUGAUCUUUUUGUGGCCAGUAUUGAGAUAUCUGACGUUUAAACUACGCACACCAAUAUCUCGCUUUUUUAUACUACCGCCCUCCCUUCAGGCCCAGAAGCGGUUUGUUUGCCUCCCAAUUCGCCGUGUAAAAGUUUUGUUUUCCUCCCAAUUUAAACGUCAAAGCAGCACAAUACCAACCCAGCUGGAUAAGUCUAUAGGUACAGCUUGCAGAUGAAGAAUUGCAACGAAUUGUUUGAUUCGUUUGGAAAAAAUUAUCUUGGAAGUGAACAAAAUCAGAAAAUGUUGGCCUAAAAAUGCUAAGUAUUUCGCUUGUACUUAAUGCUAAGAGUACACAAACAAAAUGGGAGUGUACUUUCAAGUUGCUAAAAGUAUACAAACGGAACAUGUUCAAGUUAAGAGUGUACAAAUAGUACUUACGUGUACCUUCAUGUUUUUCAGUGCACGCGAAUGGAACUUAUUUGCAAUUCAUCCCGUCAUUUGUGGCCUUGAAUUAGCUGAACUUUCCUUUCACUUUCAAGGAUCUACAAGUCCAUGCACAGAAUUCUUAUGCGUUUGAAAUUUAUAAAAGUUUCCCUUGUACCUAUAAGAAGCAGAAAUGUUGCAGUGAGCCCUAAUUUGAACUUAUUGUGAAUUGGUGUUACCUUUUCUAUAUAAAUAUGAACAGACAAGUAAAUCAUUUCCAAAUUUUCUAUUCAAAAACAAAACAUUCGGAGCCCUCUUUGACAGAAGAAUGCGUAUUUGUACAUACAGGUAGUUUAGAAAUAACAGUGAUUAACAUAUUUUAACAAAGCAGUGUACCGCGAUCGGGUAAUAGCAGCCAGAAACAGUAUCUCCAGUGGAACAACAAGCCAAUACACUUCUCAAAAAAAGAUAAUUCAUCGUCACAAAUACAUCAACCGAACAUAUCCUCGCGACAUGAACUGGAAAAAAUUCGCUUAUCAAUUGGGUCAUUAAAUGAAGAAUAAAAUUCUCCUUUUAUUUCAUAAACCGAUAGAGCUCAUCUUUUUAAAUAUAACAAUAUAUAUGUUCAAACUUCAAAACAUCAGAAUGGUUUUAAUUGAUUUUCUAAAAAAAAUAUAAAGACGUUCUUAUUUGACGCUAUUGAUCUUCUUUGACAGUGAAUUUAGCCGCAUGGGUUAGCAUUUUUGACAGUUAUCCCAGCAAAAGUAUAGGGGUCAAGCUGGUUCAAAUUAUUAAAUUAGUCGCAAUUUUGCGUAGAAAAUAGUGAAAAAAUAAGUUCGAUUACGUAUCUUUAACGUCAGCUGCAUCGGAAAAAAUCGAAAACAGCAAAUGGCUUAAUGACCCAAUUGGGUCGUUGAAAGGUUUAUUUUCACCUGAUUUUUUUUUUACAAAAAUGUAAACAAAUGCUCAUUUGACGGUAUCGGACUAACUUGACACCGGUUUCAGCCACCUGGGUUAGCAUCUUCGACAGUUAACCUAGCAUUGAUUGGAUUACAGGUUUGCUUAUGAGAGGCCGUCGCUUCUGACUGUGGGUCGCCGGCCAUCUCACCCGGCGGAUUCUCAGCGGCUUUGGGCCGCUUCGGUUCCUAGGUCUCGGUUAUGCGGCUAAACCGCAUCGGACUGGCGCACCUUAAACAGAUAUUCCGGAAGGGUAUCUGAUGGUUACCGGAAGUUUCCCAAAACAUGGCAUGGGAAAUAAAAAAAUUCUGGCAACGCUCUAGUUACCCGUGGAACUCUAACCUGGGUGCCAGUAUGCCGCUGCUGAAUGAACUUUGUUUACAUUCGACGACUUUUGAUUCGAGCCAACACCAUUAAGUCUCACAGGGUUUCACAUCAAACUGACAGGUUUUUUUUCCUUUCUAUUGUCAUCUCCAUGACAGGCUAAGGCCAGGAUUGGCCCAUCUCGCCGCCUGGCUGAAGGUUGUUGGCGCGAAUCAAAGCUCGUCGAAUGUAAACAAAAUUCAUUCUGUAGCGUCAAACUGGUGCCCAGGUGACGAAAACGUUAGAGUUCAACGAGGAGCCAGAGCGUUGCCAGAAAUUUUUUAUGUCCCAGAUUAUGAUUUCGGAAACUUUCGGUAACCAUCCGAUACCCUUCAGAAGCUUCUGUGUUUAAGGUGAAUUAGUACGAUGCGGCUUAGUUAGUUACUACGAUGCGGCUUAGCCACAUAACCGAGGCCUAGGAAAUGAACUAUCUGCCGAGCGAGGUGGCCGCCGACCCGCCGCAGGCAAACCUGUGAUCCACUGGUUUGUCCAGCUUACUCAACCAUAGGUUCUAUCCAUAGCACAGCGCGAGUAAAAGGCGAAGUGGCGUAGCCACAUUAUGUUGUGAAACCAAAAUAGAAUUGGAAAAGUUAGCAUCAUGUAAACACAAAUGAACACUCCGGAUGAACUUAUUGUCAAUUGACAUUUCGACGAGUUUUGAUUUUAACCAAUAAUAGGGGCCCCACCAACCUAUCAUAACCUCAUAAAAAAAUCGGAUGAACUCGAUAUGACAAUUCUCAGAAGUUUGUGUACAUUGGAGCUACAUGAGUUUGAAUGAACAUCAGUAAACAGUUUGAAUAAACUUCAGUAAACAAAGUUUAUUCUAUAGUGUCAAACUGGUGUCAAAGUGGCAAAUUCGUUGGAGUUCAACGGAAAAGGUAUUAUUUUCCAGAUUAUGUUCUAGAAAACUUCCAAACAGGAUCAUCUGUCUCAAGUGUGCGUGAGCGAUGUGACUUAGCUGCAUAACUGUCCGCUGGAUGAGGUGGCCGCCAACCUGCCGUUGAAAGCGGCUACUUCUCGCAAGAAAAUUUAAAAAGAGGGGCUGUGUUGUUCGGUAGCAAAGUCGAACAGCACUCGAAAAAACUAUAUGAUGUAGCCACAUUAGGUGGUGUAAUUAAAAUACAAUUAGCAAACCUAGUAAAAUGUAAACAAGAAAGAACACUCAAGAUGAAUUUAUUGUCAAUUGAUCUUUCGACGAAUUUUGAUUCGAGCCAAUGAUAGAGGGGCCAUUCUAACUCACAUAACGGAUGAAGUAAACAAACCACCGAGAAAUGUCAAACACGAAUUUCAUUCUUCAUGAGUUCAAUCGUGUCAUCUGGAUUGAAUCAAAUUAUUGAAUUAUUGGCUCGAAUCAAAAGUCGUCGAAAGAUCAAUUGACAAUAAAUUCAUCUUGAGUAUUCUUUCUUGUUUACAUUUUACUAGGUUUACUAAUUGUAUUUUAAUUACACCAAUUGACAAAAAGUUUAUCCAGAGUCUUCAUUCUUGUUUACCUUUUGCUAGCGUUGUCAAUUUUAUUUUGGUUCCUCCACCUAUUGAGGCUACGCCUAGGGGCAGAUCACUUGUGAUACAUUUUUUGAAAUCAGCUAAAUUAAAUGCAUUUCUUUCCAUCAAAAUAGAAAUUCAUAAUGUAUUUUGCGUUGCGUGUAAGACGUCAAAACCCUACAAAAAAUUAGCCCUACAUUCAACAAAACGUCGAACCAAGUGAAUCAGCGUAGGACGUUUGUUAAACAAACUUUUCUGCGAGGGAGUGCAAAGUUGAUGCAAAAAUGGAAAUUAAAUGCAUUUUUUUCUAAUUUGGUGCAAAUUUUAUUUUUUUCUAAUUUGGUGCAAUUUCUAGAGUGAUCUGCCCCUAGGGCUACGCCACAUAGUUUUUUCGCGUGCUGUUCGAAUUCGCUAUUGAACACCAUAGCCCCUAUAUUACAAAUACAAAUACAAUUUUCAAAUUUUCUUGCAACGCUCCAGCUCCCCGUUGAAUUCUAAUGAUUUUGCCACAUGGGCGGCAGCAAGGUGCUUAGAGUUCUAAGGUGAUUCGUCUUCGGCAGUAAAAUGUCAAGCAUGCAGCAGACUGCGGGGAAGAAAAAUGACAGCGAACAACUUUGUUUACCCACUGAAAUCAAAGCAAACAUAUGGAGAGAAUUAGUAAACAAUGUUGUUAGCUGUCGUUUCUAAAACCAACAUGGCUGAUCGGCGUUUUUGAGGAUCGUAUCACCUGAGAAUAAAAACUCCUUGGGCGGCAGUUUUACGCUACAGAAUGAACUUUGUUCACAUUCGACUAGUUUUGAUUGCAGCCAACAAUAUUCAGCCCAUUGAACACCACCUUCGCCACCUGGGCGCCAGUUUGGCACUUCAGAAUGAAUUUUGUUUUCAUUCGACGAGUUACUGGCUUAUUCAAACAUAAGGGCCAUGCUUAUAGCAUACGUAAAAACGGGUACAGUUCCAAAUUUUCAAGAUAACGUCAUUCUCGAUAAAUGAGAUUAAUGUUUAAAUAUUCUCGCUGGUUUGUUUGCUUGGCCUGUUACGUGCUAUUACAAUGAAUUUAUUGCAUUGGAGCUCCUGUAACUUCCGUGACAACAAACCACCGAAAAACGAAGCUCAUUUGGCUCAUUUUAUGAGUUUAUAAUAGGUUGGGUUUUGAUAGGUGUUGAAAUUUAAAGCGAUUCGGGCAUGCGAUGGAAUCAAACAAGUCUAUGUAAACAAUCUUUUUUAAAUGUCAAAAAAGUGAGAUUAAGCAGUUGCAUGCACUGAGCUAACUGAAAAUUUAGCAAACAAAAAUACUUCGAACUUUGAUGCGAGUACUAAUCGUAUUUCCUAUUAGGCAAACCUCUUUGUUGCGAGCAUUAUCUUCCACUUUAAAUGGAAUCUUGCCAGAAUGAACGAAAAUUGCGUCAUUACGCCAUUUAACAGCAGACGUUAAAGUUACGUAGUCGAAGAUUUUUUCACUAUUUUGUACGUAGAAUAACAAAUCAAAAUUAUUUAAUAAAAUAAAUAAAAUUAAAAUAAAUAAUAAAUUUAAUAAAAUUUACCCCUACUCAAUUACAAAUUUUAACUGAAAUUUUAAGAGAUGGACGGCCAUCUUUGAAAGCGAAAAAAGGAUCUUUAAUCUUUACGCGAAUCUAUCAAUUCUGGACAAAUAUGUGAUUAGGGGCUGUAAACCAACUGUCAAAAUUCAUUUUGAGUGGAAAUUUCGGACAAAUAGUUACUCACAAAUUCAUCUAAGUCUAAGUCAAUCUCAAAUUUUGAUAGUAAACAAAAGUUUUCAUUUUCAUUAACUGCCGUGAACUGUGUUCGGCCAGUAACGGUUUAUCCGAAAUUUCCGUCAAAGAGAUUUUUGACAGUUGGCUUUUACACCGCUAUCAUAUGUUUGGCGAGAGUUGUUCUUUGCGAAUGUUCCGAAUGCAUUGAUUGAUUUUCAUGAAGAUUCUGUGAAGGUUAGCGAGAAAACUGUUUUUUUUUGGUUUUUAAAGAUGGUUGCUUUUUUGAGGCUUUCUUGGUGGAAUCUUAAUUCACUUAAAUUGGCGCUCAGCUUAGUGACGCAUGUGAAUUUCAAAAAAGAUAUACAAUAGAAUCUAUGUAUUUCUAAAAAACUCGCUUCUCAAAACAACGGAUGGCGUCACUGUUCAGUUGCUUAUUUUUUUUUGCUUGCUCUGUAUUGCAUUGUGGCUGAUCCACUUCGUUACUUUUGACGUGAAAGCAGGCCACGCUCGAUGACACAUGGUGAUUAAGGCUGAUCUGUUUCGCCCCUCGCAGUGCAGUCGAAUCAAAUUUUCGCCUAUAUUCACGCAUAUAGCAAAUUGCGCUAGCCAACUAACAGACAAGACAGAGAGGAAGGUUAUAAUUUGAACCAAAAAAUUGCACGAACCUGGCAGACUUGGUUAAAAAAAUAGCCUUGAUGGACAACCAUCUCGCCUGGAUGGUCCCCGUUCCAGUCAGUAAGGUACUUUGGUUUGUAUCAUUUUACACACAUCUCGCUUGAGGUGGAAUUGUUUUAAAGCAAAGUUCCAUAUAGCGAGUAGGUGGUAAAAACUUUAUUUCUUUUUAUAGCGACUUUUGUUGAAAUCCAUGAUGGAUAUUCAUUCAGUUAUUAUCCUAAAAAGUUUGUUGACUGGAUUGACAUAACAGAACAUUCCCAACAAAUUAUAAUCACCAUAUUGCAUAGUUGAAUUUUUAUAAAUUCACCACAAACACUGAACAAACUUCGAGUCUAACCGGUUGCACUGUUCGUCAACGGACAAUAAUUUCGUAAAAACUGCCCUUCUGUAGAAGCAGUCACCGGACUAGCUGUUGCCACGAUUAAUUAGUAUCGAAAAACUGAAUGCAAACGUAUUCAGUAUAAACGAACCGAAAUUUGUUUCCAAAAGGCAGCUGCCGAAUACGACGAUGGCCGGUUGAGACAGGAAGUUGAUGUUUUCUUCUUCAUACCCUCCCUGUCCAACCACCGACCGAGUGCAUCUCCUUUGAUUAACCCUAAAGCACCCCCCCCUCGCCUUCUCCGUACCACCUGAUUAAAAUCAUGCCAGCAUGUGCAAGAUGUUCGUAAGCAGCCUUUUGUCUUUUUGGCUUCUUUGCUGGCACGUUUUGUUUUUUUUUUUUUCAUCAGAGCUGUGCAGCGUCAUCGCGCCUCGGUAGGAUCGAUCGGUCCUGGAGCAGAACCCGAAAAUACCGACCCGGGACUAAUUCUGGUUUUUGCGGUUUGCCGGUUGCCUUGGUUGGGCCUUUCCUGGAGUGAUGGCUCCGUGUGUUUCACAUCAAGGUGCUGUUUCUGAUCGUCGAAAUUUUUCCGCAAGACUUGCAUGCGUUGUCUCGAAUUGCGGCGAGCAAAAGGAAGAAGGAAUUAACCUAACUGUUGUUUCUCGUUUCUUUCGGUGCGGUUUUUUCUUCACUCAAGAGUAGUUUUUCGUUGCCGAACCGUGGAAGCCUUAACUUGAAACAUACAUUUUGAAGGAUAAUUGAUUCGGAGUAGCAGAAAAUGAUCGAAAUUAAAACAAACUAACACACACACAUGCUCGUUUAUUAGCCUCUUAAUUCAAUUAAACAAAGUAACAACGAAAUUAAUAUCGAAUUACCCAGCUGCAUGUAAUUAUAAACUUUAUUAAAAGUAACAUAUUAACAGACUCGUUAGGGAGACAGGUUUGUCACUUUAUAGUGAGCUUCAGGUAUCAGCGAUCGCCACCCAGAUUGGAACAGUUUAUUAUAUUCGGAGAGACAGAGAAAAACAAGAAAAAACGAUAGGGCUCCGAAUGUAGGACGUGACUUGUGCCUGUUUGCUGAAUUUUACAAUGUCAAAUUGCACUUGUCCCGGCCUGCAGCCAAGAGUCGAAUGUCAUCGAGCAGCAA